AUGUCGUCGUACAUGAAGACGAUGAUGUCGUGGGACAGGUCCAGGCUGUCGCUGCAGGCGCUCAAGGAGAACGUCCUCGAUCGGGUCGUGCACUACAUAUCCAUGCCCAGCACACCCACGUCCUGGUCCGCCGCCACCGCAUUCGGCAAGAAGAAGGAUGGUGCCUGCAACCGCCGUGGACAGGACGAGAGGGCAGCCGCCAAGGAGCACGCGCGCGAGAUCCUCCGUCAGGCCAAGGAGACGGUCGCUAGCCGCAAGUCUGGCAAGAACAACACAUCCUCAUCGGAGCGGGCGGGGUCUUGUCGGGGGUCUGCGGGCUAG